AGAAACAAUGUUGAAAGACAGUCUGGAGGUCAGAGAUUGCACUGCUGGUCACGACCUGGAGAUAAGAGCGAAGGUCUCAACAUUAAUUAUAAAAGUGUCACGACUGAGACACUCCAGUGGCUCUCAAGCAGCAGACAAGGCAGACUGUCAGCAAUGUUCUCGCUGGUCCUGUGGGCGGUGCUGCCGCUCUUGGGCUUUGGCAGCAUCACUGUACCCGUCAACAACCACUGGGCGGGUGGAUUCCAGGCUAGAGUCUGUUUUAACAUCGACAAGGACAUGAGUUCCUGGGUCAUCCAUCUGGCUUUCGAUCAACCUGUACAGACCCUUGAUGUGUGGACGGCCAAUGCGCAGAGCACCAGCGCGGACAAGAAGGAAUGGUCGCUGACCAACAAGGAGUGGAACGCAGUGGAGCAUGUCGGGGACGAGCUGUGCAUUGACCUCAUGGGUCACGGCGACGGAGAUAUCGCGCCUGUGAUCACAGCCACCCUGGAGGGAGCGGAAGGUGGCGGGUCGCACCAAGUUAUUACAAGUGCACCCCGCACCACAGUCAACCUCCCUCCAGGUGUCACCACCGCUGAACCUCAGCCUACAGCCCCAUUGUCUGUCCCCGACGGAAACGGUUUCCCCGCCACCACCAGAGUCGCCAACGUCAGGGACGGGCUGUCGGAGCAGUGGCUGACCUUCACCAUCACCGGCCCCACCGUCAUGGGCUGGGUGGUCAAGUUCCGCUGCAACAAGCCAGUCACCAACCUCCACGUGGCAGAUGCCGACGCCCUCAGCCACAACGAGGACAUGACAGAGUGGCUGCUGGUGAACAACGACAACAAGAUCGCCCUCAAGGCGGGAACCUUGGAGAUGAAGAUUGAAGUCAAGCUGGUGAAUGUCCAAGACUCAGCCCCUCAGUGCUCGGCGAUCCUCAUCAACAUGGGCGUAGAUAACUACACGUGCGGCGAGCUACCCAACAAGGCCAACUCCAAGUACAACUAUGACGAUGUCCUGUACAAGUCCAUCUUGUUCUACGAGGCGCAGCGCUCGGGCAAACUUCCGGCCAACAACCGCAUCCCCUGGCGAGGCGACUCCGCCCUCAAUGAUGGAGAUGGCGGGGUGGACCUGACUGGCGGGUGGUAUGACGCGGGAGACUUCGUCAAGUUCAACUUCCCCAUGGCCUGGUCCACGGCCAUCUUGAACUGGGGCUUGCUGCAGUUCAAGGACGCCUACGAGGCCGCAGGUCAGCUGGAGUGGAUGUACGAGAGUGUCAAGUGGCCGCUGGACUACCUGCUCAAGUGUCACGCGUCUGAUGACGUGCUGUACGUGCAGGUGGGUGAUGGAGGUGCGGACCACGGAUCAUGGGGGAGACCCGAGGACAUGAAGAUGGCCAGACCCGCCUUCAAGAUUGACGCCAGCAAACCUGGCUCCGAAGUUGCCAUGGAAACAGCUGUUGCCUUUGUGACUGGCCACUUGGCUUUCAAAGAAAAAGAUCCGCCAUACUCAGCCAAACUGCUGCAACAUGCCAAGUCCCUGUGGGAGUUCGCUGUCACACACAAGGGCAAGUACAGUGAAAGUGUCUCCGCUGCCGCAAGUUACUACAAUUCCGUCAACGUCACGGACGAGUUGUGCUGGGGGUCGCUGUGGUUGUACAAGGCCACCAAGGAACCCAAGUACCUGGAGGAGGCCCUCAAGCACUACGAUGCUUCUCCCGACUGGGGCAUGUCCUGGGACGAUGUCUUCAUCGGCAAUCAGGUGUUGCUGUACGAACUCACGAAGGAGGAGAAGUACAAAGCAGCUGUGGAGGGCACCUUCAAGGAGUGGUUCCCUGGCGGAACUGUCCCCUACACCCCUAAGGGUCUGGCGUACAGACUGCAGUGGGGCGCCCUACGGUACUCGUCCAACAUGGCUAUGGCCGCGCUGAUGGCUGCAGAAGCGGGUAUCCACCCGGACGAGUAUCGCCACUGGGCCAUGUGUCAGAUCCACUACGCCCUGGGGGACACUGGCCGCAGCUUUGUCGUGGGUUUUGGCAAAAAUCCACCCGUCAGUCCUCACCACCGCUCUAGCUCCUGCCCCAACCUACCUGUGCGGUGUAACAUGAACUACCUCCACCUGGACACCCCCAACACUCACAUGCUGUGCGGGGCGCUGGUGGGUGGCCCCGAUAGCUCGGAUGGUUACAAGGACAGCCGCGAGAACUACGUCAACAACGAGGUGGCCUGCGACUACAACGCCGGCUUCCAGACAGCCGUGGCCGGUCUUCGCUCGCUGUUGCUAAGGAACCUGCAUCCCGAGCAGAAGGGCAGCGCCACGUGUCCCUACCAGGGGUCAGCCCCGUGAGCAGGGGUCAGUGCCAAGACUUGUGAUAGACUUACCUGGUCAGCACCUUGCUUCACACUUGCUGUUUGUUUUGAAGGCAUUCGUGUUUCGUUUUCCAUCGAUCGCAGUGUAUUUCUUCUUGAAAAUAAAAUAAACUCGACCUCGUAUAGAAAUA